AAAUCCAACCUCCUCAGAAGAGCAUAUUAUACUUAAAAAGUUCUGAGUAGUAAUUUAGUAAACACUUCUGCGAACCAGGCCUCGUUUCUCUCUCAUCUUUCGCCAUGUCGAGCACCUGCGGCAACUGCGACUGCGCUGACAAGAGCCAGUGCGUGAAGAAGGGAAACAGCUACGGCAUGGAAAUCGUUGAGACUGAGAAAAGCUACUUCGACAGCAUCGUCGAGGCCCCUGCUGCCGCCGAGCACGACGGCAAGUGCAAGUGCGGUGCUAGCUGUGCUUGUGUGGAUUGCACUUGCGGCAAAUGAGCAGCAUAUGUGUGUGUGUCUGAUAUGUAAUCAAAGGAAUGUUUAAAGAAGUAUAUCAGGGACUGUCAUGGUGUGUAAAAAUUGGCAGUUUGGAAUAAAAUAGCUGGAUUAUAUAUCUAGCUUGUAUCUAAACUCCACAAGUGAUCUUACUUAAUACAUUAGUACUGUUGUUAUUGUUA